AAUCUGUGGAAUAGCGUGUUUUCUAAUUUUUAUUUUUUACGUCUCACAUUGCAGAAAAAGAGUUUCUGACUAUAAACGUACUUGGAUUUGCUAACAAUUUAUAUUAAAGAUGAAAUCUAAAAAGCGUCAUCAGGAGUCUUCCGAAGAAUCAGAAGAAUCGGACGCUAGUGUGAAAUCUAGCAGCACAUCGGAAAGUGAUAGCGAUGAUUCGUCGAUAUCAGAACCGCGGCAUAAGAAGAAAAAGAAACGCGCUGAUUCUUCAGAUUCAGAAAGUAACUCGGAACAGAAACGCUCUAAAAAACGCAAACACAAGAAAAAGAAAAAGAAGCACAGCAAGAAAAAGCGACGGGCCGAAUCGCUUGAGGACAUUUCUGACGAUGCCAUUUCAAUAAGCGACGGCGAAAUCUCUAGUAAGAAAAAACGAAAACACAAGCAUAAGCAUUCCAAACGCGCUAACCAUUCUGUUAGUGAAGACGAAAGAUACGAAAAUCAUGGUGAGCGCCGUUUGCUUAGUGUCGUGAAAGAACGACGUGCUUCUUCAGCUGGCAGUCAACCUUCUCGCACUUAUUACCAAAAAGAAUAUCAUGAUCCUGCGCCCACUGAUUAUAACCGUGAACAGGAAAUCCAGAAGUUUUACAGAGGUUCAAGUAAAGAGAAACGAGAUUAUAGAGAUAAUUACAGCUACAACCAGGAAAGGACUGACAGAUAUGGAUCUAAUGAGGACAAAUACAACAGACAAAGGGACAAGUAUGGACAAGGUUCACAUAUCACUUCCAAUCAAGAAUAUGUUGGACGGCCAAGGGAAUAUGAUGACUUUAAAAGGUCAGACAGAUAUGAAGAUCAAAGGAGAGUACAACAUUAUAAGAGAGAACGUGAACCACAAUAUGAGCCUCGUGAAGAUUUGAGAGGCAAUAAGUUCAAUCGGUAUGAGCAGAAACCCAUCAAAAGGCCAGAGUAUGAAGAUCGAAAGGAUUAUCGUGACAGGCGCCCCCCAGCCGAGCCAGAGCGGUACCAGGAGAAGGUAUACGAAAAGAGGGAUAAGUACCAUGACGACAGACAGUCGCUAGAACGAAGCCGUGAUGUACAACGACGCGACAGACCCGGCAGACCGGAAAAGCCGUUUACGUCGCAAUACAAGGAACACUCGAGAUCCAGAAGUGUAGAACGUCCAGAGAGAUACAGAGAGAAGAGGAGGGACGACAGGGAGGAGAGAGUACGCGACAAGUUCAAGGAGGAGAGAGAAGAGAGAGUGAGGGAGAAGUUCAAAGAAGAGCGUGACGAGAGACGCGAGAGACCGCGCCGCAGUGCGGAGCGGCGCCCGGCUGAGCGUCGCACGGAUAAUCCCCAGUCUCCCAAACAGCGAAAGAGCAGAUUCGACAACGGGAACGACAAAGAAUACAGUUGGGGUAAAACUGACGUCAAGAAGGAAGGAGACAAGAAUCAAGGAGAGAAGGAGAAGCCCAACUUCGGUCUGUCGGGGAAGCUGACGGCCGACGCCAACACUGUGAACGGUGUCGUCAUCAAGUACACUGAGCCUGAUGAUGCCAAGCAGCCCAAACGUAGAUGGAGAUUCUACCCAUUCAAGGGCGACAAAGCCCUGCCGAUCCUGUACAUCCACCGCCAGUCGAGCUUCCUCAUCGGACGCGACAAGAAGGUGGUGGACAUCGCGCUGGAGCACCCAUCCAUCAGCAAGCAGCACUCGGCGCUGCAGUACCGCGCCACGCCCUUCACGCGCGCCGACGGCUCGCAGGGACGCCGCGUGCGCCCGUACAUCAUCGAUCUAGGUAACCCAUCCAUCAGCAAGCAGCACUCGGCGCUGCAGUACCGCGCCACGCCCUUCACGCGCGCUGACGGCUCGCAGGGACGCCGCGUGCGCCCGUACAUCAUCGAUCUAAGUAACCCAUCCAUCAGCAGGCAGCACUCGGCGCUGCAGUACCGCGCCACGCCCUUCACGCGCGCCGACGGCUCGCAGGGACGCCGCGUGCGCCCGUACAUCAUCGAUCUAGGUAACCCAUCCAUCAGCAAGCAGCACUCGGCGCUGCAGUACCGCGCCACGCCCUUCACGCGCGCUGACGGCUCGCAGGGACGCCGCGUGCGCCCGUACAUCAUCGAUCUAAGUAACCCAUCCAUCAGCAGGCAGCACUCGGCGCUGCAGUACCGCGCCACGCCCUUCACGCGCGCCGACGGCUCGCAGGGACGCCGCGUGCGCCCGUACAUCAUCGAUCUAGAAUCCGCCAAUGGCACAUUCGUGAACAACAAGAAGGUCGAGCCACUACGCUACGUGGAGCUUCUCGAGCGCGACGUGGUCAAGUUCGGCUUCUCCCAGCGCGAGUACGUGUUGCUGCACGAGAACAGCAAGGACGACGCCCAGGACGACGACCAGGAGCCCUGCCCCGUCACCACUGCAGACCAGCUUAAGCUGGACAAGCGGAACAAGGAGGUGGUAGCCGCUGACGGCGAGUGACCUUUGCCAUUGUUGAAGUAAAACUUUGCACACGCUUGACUUAAGGAGUGAGCUAGCAAGUGCGUUAUGAAAAGUGUAAUCAGUCGAGGCGAACGGAUGUUGUUGGUGAGCUAAAGAACUUUUACUUAAAUAGUGCUAACAUGCCACUAAAGAGAUACUAUCGUGAAAAUAAAUAGAUAAAGGGGAAUGCACACCGGCCAAUACAAAGUCGGUCCCAGGAUCCCAGGUAUACCCCCGUAUAAAAGUAAAUGGAUAUGAUAAUAUUAUAUGAUGUAUAAAUAAGGAUCUGGUUAAAUAAUUGGCUUAAUAAAAAGUUUUUGCUUUAAACGAUCGUCGGUGUACCAAAGUGGUGAAGUAACAUUAGAAGCUGUAUUUUUUUCUGUUACCAACAAGCUUGGCAAACAAGAAAAUGGACAAACAAACCAAUCAUAUAAGUAUCCAAAAAAUGACGUAAAACUCAUGCUGUAUGGUCAACAAUCUUUGCUUUGAAAAACUAAAAAUGUCGUAAAACGUUGUACCAAACUUUUUUUGAUAAUGUACUGAUUUCAUUAUUAAAGUAGAAUUAUAAUAAAUUUAUUUAGAUACAACGAAAUUGCAGGGUGGUUAGGGUAAGCCUGGGCCGGGGAUGGGCAUUUUCUUGUCAACCAAUAGUGGUGCAACCUGAAAUACCGCUAUCUCUUUCAUUGCGUUGGGACGAAAAGAGAUGCUGCCAUUUUGACUAUUUCUCUUCACUUGGUCGCAUGUUAGCACCUCGGGCGUGAGGUCAAAGUACACUCGUUUUUUUUUCUUGGUUUAUUGGCUCCGCGCGGCGAGCUAUUUUAAGCCAGUGUUUUGUUGCUAUUAUUUUAGGAUGUGUAACAUUUGUCUUGUAGAAGAUGUCAGAGCGUAGGUUCUCAAAGUGGGCGAUAAUGCCCCCUUGCGGGCGCUUGAGAUUUUCAGGCAGGCAGAAGACUACUCAGAGGGCAUUGUCGUUUUAAAGAAAGAAGUAGGUAUAUUAAAAUAAAUAUACAAGAAAAAUGACUCCCAAAAUAAUUUUAUUGUACAUAUGUGUGAGAAUUGACACAAUUAUAUAAAAUUUCAACUGAAAGAUUCUUCGAUUUUUUUUAAGCAGAAAUUGGGCGCUUAUGUUGGGCUCAAUAGAAUGGCUGGGCAAAAUAAGUUUGAGAACCUAUGCUUUAAGAUGAUUUAUAAUUUAUCAAGUGACUGCGUAGUCCGCCAUUAAUAUAGAUUAUAGGUUGAUCUUAAUGAUAAGUCACGUCGUUAAUUAGUAAAAAAACUCACGUGACAUGUAAAAUGUAAUUUAUAUUGUUUUAUUUAUAGUUGGUAGUCGGUAAGCUAUCGUUUAGCUAUAAUUCAAAUUGUAAAUCAUUUAAGAGUAGGAUCAGUAGAUGGCGCUUAUGAAGUGGUGUUGUAUGCUUUCUGAUUAUAAUAUUGAAUAAUGGUGAUAACAAAAAUCGAUAACUAAAAACUGUAGCUAUGAGGGAUCUCGGGUAUGCUUUUUGUCGGUAGGGUGGUAACUAGCCACGGCCGAAGCUUUCCACCAGCCAGAUCUGGACCAAUUAUGAAAACCUUUAUCAGCCCAGCUGGGGAUCGAACUCAGGACCCCCGUCUUGUAAAUCCACCGCGCAUACCACUUUAUUCAUAUUAUUUACUCUCUUAUCCUGAUACUGCUUAAUAUACUCAGAGGCACAAUUAUCCGCCCACCUUAAUAUACUCGCGACAUGUUAAAGUGGGCGGAUAAUUGUGCCUCUGAGUAUAUGUUUGACAUAAUGUAAUUUUAAAAAUUAAGCAUAUCUUAUCAUUAUCUAAAAACUUCAUCACAUGUGAGCGACAUACUUUUAUGGCACUUGCCAAUAGAGUUUCCUUUCUGUUUUGGAUUUCAAUAUUAUUUUAAAGAUUAGAAGAUUCUCUAGAUAGAUAGUAUAUAAAUGCUUCCAAACUGUAUGUAACGUAUUUAGGAAAUUCCUAUUCUGUUUUUACAUUUACACAAUAGGUAGGAAUACUAUUAAGUUUUAUCCAAAGUAUGGUACGUACUUUAAUAUUUUGGCAUUGUUAGAUUUAAACAAAAAUUAAAUUAAGAUCAAUGUGUCUAAAAAAUAUUUUUUUCCUUUCAUAUAUGUAUAAUCAGAGGCAUAAUUAUCCACCCACUUUAAUAUGUCGCGAGUAUACUAAAGUGGGCGGAUAAAUGUGCCUCUGAGUAUAUUUCUAAUUUUGUUAGUGAAAGUUAAGUUCGAAAUAAAACAAUAAGUUACUGAUAUGUAUGGUUUGGUUUUAUUAGAACAGAUCAGAAAAAACCAAUAGGUACAUAUUUUUAAUAAAAUUAGUUCUAGAACAUGUAUUAUAAUAAAUGCAUAACUAUUAUGA